GAGGAUUGAAAUGUCCUUUGGAGGUGUGAGCCAAAUUGCUGAUGAUCUCUUGCUCAGAGCUGCACCGUUGGUGUCAGUUUUUCCAGGCUCCCAGGGGGCUGUGGUAGUGCUUCCUGUCCAGCUACACAGAGCAGCAAUAAAUUUAGCCCAAGUGAGCCAUAAUGACAGUACAGGAAUCAGAAGACUCCUGACAGCUCUUCCAAGAGGGUCUGGCUCUCCAUACAGACAUCUUCAUCCCUUGAGCUACCAGCCCUGUCCUGACUUCUCUGCUCCCUCUGGGCAGCUUGUGCCUUCGCAUUACCCAUUUGCAUCCCUGCAGUGCAUGAUUCAUACAAUCAUUUCCACUAGUCAUUUCCUUCUGAUGUUUUAUCCCCUCCAACAAGAAAUCAGGGUGCUGUGACUCAGGAGACAUUACACACACCUGACCUGCAGAAACAGCACAACUGCCCCUAUGUCACUCUGAGCAGUUCACUGAUGUGAUCAGGGGCAAGGCUGGCCCCUGAUUGCUGCUAUAUUUUGCUUCCUGAGAGCACUGACACUAUGCUGCUUUCCAGAUCUUUGCAAUUCCUGUUGGAUUCCCGUUGGAGCAAGCACAGAAUGAAAGCUGCAGAAAGCUUUUCAUAUUAAGGCUGCAUUAUUGUUUCACUUCCAGCUUGUGAUUGACAAAUACUUACUGCUCCCACCUCCCAAGGGGUUGAAUUGUGAGCAGGAAGUGUUUGUAAAAGAUAUUGUAUUCUGAAUUAGAUGUUAGGAGCUGUAAUUACCUUCUAGUGUCUAUAUGAUUACUGCUGUAAGUGCUGAGCUAUUGACAGCCCAAUGUCACUGGAGCUACCUGGUAGCUGUGCCAGCAUUGUCAAAACAGGUCCCUGCUGUGAGGCAGAGCUGAGCAUCUGUCCCUGCCCUUAUUUCGACUGAGGGGAGCAAGAUGCAGUAGUGCCUGUGUGCAGGAAGGUGUGUUGGAUCUGAAAGUGGCCAGGCAGAAAGGAGACAUCCUUAUCCACAUCUGAUGACGUCACAGCCUCAAAUUAGUGAAUUCAGCCAAGUUGAUGGAUGAAUAUAGAUUUAUAGGACCUGACAAUCCAGUCACACACAUCUGGGAAGAAUGGCACAAAGCACCUGUCUAGCCAUGAGCUCCAGCUGCAGUGGGCGUGAUGUGGAUAGCAGUUAUUGCUCCAUGUGUUUUGCUUUGCAUAGAGCAGGUACAACACCUGUUACAUGGUUUUCUGGGGUCCCAGGAUGAGAGAAGAGACGAGACAGUUGACUCCAUGCAUCAGAAGGCUUGAUUUAUUAUGAUAUGAUAUAUAAGAUUUAAAAACUAUACUAAAAGAAUAAAGCUAGAGAUUUCACUACCAAGGCUAUCCUAAGAAUAGAAAAGAAUGUGUAAACGAAAAGUCUUCUCAGCCCGAAACACUGGACAGGUGCCCCGUGAUAGGCUCUCAACUGGAAACAGUCCGACGGGGCCAAUCAGAGAUUUUCCCAUGGCAUUCCACAGCAGCAGAUAAGAAUUGUUUACAGUUUGUUCCUGAGGCUUCCCAGCUCUCAGGAGAGGAAAAUUCCUAAGUAAAGGAUUUUUCAUAAACUAUGUCGGUGGCAAACACCUGUGAGACUUUGUCCCAACAGACCAUCGGGGCGAUAUGCUGGUUUUGCGGGAAGUUAUUGCUCAGAGUAGGAUGGUAGAAAAAUGAUAUAAAUAGACAUAUGUAGAAUGUGAGGCUGGCACAGGACGUGGGAAGUGAGGGAUUUUGGGAGCCUGCCUCGCAUAGGUUUUGGGAAAGGGCAUGGUGCAUCUUGUGAGUAGGAUAGGGUCGACACCUCCCUUUGACAGUGUCACACAGACUUCAGAUAAUCUGUGUUGUCUGAAAUAGGUACCUGAAAUAGAGCAAAUGACUGGUGCUUUUAAAGUGCCUUUUUUGUCUGGCUGUAGAGGAAACUCCACGAUGGACAUGGAAUAGGCUUAAUGUUCCUACCCCUGUGCUGACAGGAUGCCAGGAAAGAGGGCUGUUGAUCUUAUGCAGAGGUCUGGCAUUAGCAGGUGCCUUGUGUGGGUCUGUAUUUCAGGGUCCCUGGACUCAGGCUCCUGUGAGAUGUUUUUUUCCAGCAAGGAGAAGUAGCAAAUUUUAGAGGCUUAGAAGAAAUCAAGCCUGUGCAUGGCUCUGUGCUGUGACAAACAUGCUGGUAGUUCCAUAUCACAGCAUUUGUAGCUAUGGGGCUUGCUCCCCGAAGGAGUUGGAAUAUCAGUGUUGCUCUUCAAACACCUAAAAUGUCAUCAUUAGCUACUGGGUUCUGCGUCAUGUUAAUGCUAUGAAUUGCAGACAAUGUUUACUCAGGUAACAAAAUGAAACUGUGUUACAACGCCUGUCACCAGAAAGUGUGGAGGAAAGGGAUUUGAAUUUGGAUCUGACCAUAAGGUAGGAGCUGGUGCUGAGUGUUUGGUUGAGUGCUGAGGACAUGGGUCCUGCUCUCAUCCUAGUCUUCCCUACUCCCCUCAUUCAUUGAUCCUUUCCCUUUUGAUGCUGCUGUCAAAAUCCUUAAGUCUACUCAGGAGAGAAGUGCACCAGCAACAUUAAUAUUAUUAAAAUACCCUGGACUAGAAAACAAAAGAGGGAACAGUGUUUUUUUCAACACUAUUUAGUUCUUGAGUUUUUGAUGCUGAGCUGUCUCACUUAGUGGAGGAGAGCAGCCUGUUAUGUUCUUCCUCUGCCAGGUUCCUCUGCCAAGCUGGCUGUAGUGCCAGCUUGUCUUUUGGCUUUGGUGUCUCUUAUCCCUCCUGCUGUCUGCACUCAUUUUUUUCCUCUGUUCUCAUGAACACUAUGCAGUCCAGACUGUCAAACAGAGGAUCUUCUGCAUCUUCUUACCAGCCCUGCCAGUUUUCUAGUUUCUGACUUGGCCACAUACUCCCUGCUAGUCUGAGGGUGCCAACUUUAGCCUCGCCAGGCUUCCUUCAUCUUCCUUCCAAGGACUGAGCAUCUUGGUAGGGUAGGACUUGGGAAAAUGCCCAGUGGCAUUUAAAACACCCAACAGACAGCUGCAGCUCCCCUCCUCAAUCCAUUUCUCAUCUGUGAUGUAACAACAAAAAUCCUUAACAUUAUUUUUUCUUUAUAAGGCUAAUUAUAAAGUUGCAAUAUGUCAGCUGGGUUUCCUUUACUUGAAAAACACAGGCAGAUCUGCUUUGGCAAUCUGGUUAAUGCUGUAGGAUGAUCUCUGGAAGGGAUUUGGGACACAGACCUCAUUGAUGGACCCAGGGCUAUUGGAGAUUACAGGGAUGUGGGUCAGGUCAGCGUGCUGUCAGUGAGAGCAUUGUUGGGUAUGCUGGUGCUGUGGGUGUCUCAGGGCCGUUGCAAAGGAGGGAAGUGAUCUUGGGGUAGUGGCUGGUGGGGCAAUGGGUGACGUGUCAUAAAAGAGCCGGGCAUGCAGAUCUUGGUGUUUAUCUCUUUCUUGCACCACAGCACUUGGAUGUGAGGCACCACCAGAUUUUUGGGGGCUAAGUUAAACACAGGUUUGACAUUAAAAAAAAAAAAAAAAAGAAAAAAAAAGAAAAAGACAAAACAUGGUAAUUGUUGGAGGUGCUUAAAAAAGGUUGGCAACAUGAACUCAUGUCUGUCUGGGGACAGGGGUAUAAUUUUGACACAGGUCAAAAGGAAAAUACAUCCCACGGUAAUCUGCGUCAGAGGUCAGGUGGGGAAGAAGAGGGAAAACAUCUGCUGAAGGUAUGGGCACAGGAAUGAGCAGCUUGAUGGUGACCAUCUUGAGACCAAAGGGCUGUGGGGAAAGCAGUGGGGCCACAGUGGCACUGGGGCCUUCCUGCAUGGGGUGCAGGAGGAAGGAGAAAAAUUAUACUCAUCACAUGUAGCACCUUGCAGUCCUCUCAGGACAGACACACAUGGACUGUGGGCUGGUAAUGAGGGGGAGAACAGCAGGAGAUUGUGAGGAUGAUAUUACACCCAGCAGCAGACUGACAUGUCUGGUUUUACAAGAUGCUCUGUCCAGCACAAGGCAUGCCACAUGGGUGCUGUUUUCUACAGCCUGAGCUAAUUCAGAUAACCUGCAGUUUACAGAGUCCUGGCUCAAUCCUGACCCUGCCCAAGUUUCCUUCAGUCAUUCAUUUCACAGUGCCAGCAUCUCCUGUGAAUGUCAGCAAAGCUGCAACCCUGUCCAUGUCCCCAUGGCAUAUAUUGUAGCCUGAGUUUUCCAGAGCAGAAGGUAGCAUCCCCUCCCUGUCCAGCAGCUGGAAGGAGCACUGGAAUGCUACACUCAGUGCAGAGUGUGUGAUGCUCUCUAUACACCUCCAUUUAGUAUUUCCUGUCUACCUGGUACAAGUACCUUUGUGGGCGUGCAAAUAAGAUGAGUACUCUCUUUCUAAGGUGGUUUUGUACUCCUGCCCCAAAGUACAGGACAGGGCUAAUACCUGGCAGGGAAAUGGUCCCUGUGUAUUUCAACACCCUGGCCCAUGGCACAGGGCAAACUCUGCUCCCAAGGUUAGGUUGCACAGGUUAGGAAGAUGUCAUCCCUGGGAUGGGGUCCAAUGCUUGGCAUGGGUGAUGCUGUAGUUGUUUGCGUGUGUCAUGGAGGGAAAUGUGUGAAUGGGAUAAAAUUAGCAGUCAAAACCCAGGGCCAGCAAAGUCUGUCAUUAACUGCCCUCCCAUCUCAUCAUCCUGCAACCACAAGUAGCUUUUUUAGGGCUGGUGUCGUGGUGGAGGCCAGAGGAAGUGUGGGAGGCCAGUUCCUGGUGACACCUCCAGGCACAGCAGUGCUGCCCGGUGGUGCCAUUGGCUGCCCCCAGCCUGGGGCUGGCACUGACCAGCAGUUAAAUGCCUGCCUGGCCACCUUGGGACACACAGCCUGGAGCAUUCCAACACAGACAGCCAGUUCGUCCCUUCCCCAGCACCAUAGGAGACGCAGGCUUGCAUCACACCUUGAGUCACAGGGAACACGACUGACAUGAGGGCUGCAUUCCUGGUGCCACUCCUAUGGGCUGUGGCCCGUGCUUACCCUGUGCCUGGCCAUGAAUCCGCCCACCCCAGCACCCUGCAGGAGGAUACCACAAAUGAAGAUUACAUCAGCAAGCUGGGCAACCGCCUAGAUGGUGGGGAUGGCAGACAUCAUCCUGCCGGUCCAGAGACAGGGGAAAAUGCGCUUGCCAGGGACCUGGCGGGUGGGAAUGCCGUGGAUGAGGAGCUGGGUGAGCUCAGUGGCCAGGAUGAGGGAGGCCAAGUUGGGCAGGCUCAGCACGUGAACCAGGUGGACCACAAAGACAUGCGUGCCCAGAAUGGGAAUAACCUUGGUUUCCGGGAGGUGGAUGCACGUGACACUGAUGAUGCUGAAAAUGGAGACCACUACAGCACCAGAGCCAAUGGGUUUCCCUCCCAUGGCGGCGGGUUCCUGGACGAGGAGGAUGACAGUGGGGAUGACACCUUCGAUGCCAAUUGGGAAGAAGAGAGGGGUGAAGACCCUACCUAUGUGGCUGGUGCUGAUGGGACAGGAGAACACGCUGGCCGUGGGGAUGCCAGGGCUGGCGUGGGGCACAGCAGCAGCAGCAGCAGCAGCGAGAGCAUUGGGGCAGACCACCGACGCUACAGGAACUAUGGCUUUGGGCACACCUACAGGCACAGAGGGGCCAGCAGCAGCAGCCAGGAGGAGGAGAGUUAUGACUUCCAGGAUGAAGCCAUGCAGGGGGAUGAUCCCUCUGUCUUUGAUGGCCCAGGCAGCAGCUACAGGAUGCGCCACACUGGCCCCCAUGCUCUGGGGAACAGUGGGGAGAAUGCCCAAGGGGCUGGCUCCCACCGCUGGGAGGAGGGUGACAGUGGGUCCCCCAGGGUGGAGGAUGGUGACUCUGGAGAAGACAGCCCAUCUGUGGAGAACAACAGUCAGUCAGAAGAGCCUGUUGACAGCCAGUCAGAGGAAAAAAGCUCCAGCCACUCCAGAGAGGAUGGGGAUGGGGAUGGUGAUGGGGAUGGGGAGGACAGCCCCUCCUGGGAAGAUGAGGACAGUGAGUCCAGGGAGACCACUGAUGAGCAGCCAGAUGAAGAGCCAGGGGAGACUCCAGAGGUGGUGAGAACCUUGAAUGAGCACAGCAACAGUCGAACCUGGGAAGGUCAGGAGGACUGGGAUUCUGCUGAGGACAGGAGUGGGCUGUCCACACCUGACAGUGAGUCUAGGGAAGAAGGGAGUGAACUGAGCAAGUCCAGGGAAGAUGAUGAUGACCAGAGCCAUUCCACUGUGGAGGAGUCAGAGGAGUCAGAGGAGGAUGAGAAUGACUCUGUGCCAAGCACAUCAGCUGAGAGCCCAGAGGUGCUAGAGGAUGACAGCAGCCCAGAGGACAACACAGGUGAGAACAGCAGGUCCACAGAGAGUGACAACAGCGAGUCCCAGGAAGAUGAGGAUAACAUGGAGAGUCACUCCCAGGAGGAUGCCACUCAUGAAUCCAGCAGCCACGGGGACGACAGCUCCCUGCAGAGCCUGGAGAGCAGGGGCCUCAAGCAGCGGCUGGUCGCCCUCCGCCACAGACCUGCUGCUGACUAUGAUGACAAUGACUGCAGGGAUGGAUACUGACCUGUGCCCUGUGGCCUCAGCCGCAUGAAGGGUGUUGAGGGGGGAGGGGUUAAUUUAUUUGCCAUAUAGCCUGGUUGACUUCUUCUCAACAAGUGGUUAAAAUGGAGUGGUUAAUGCUGUGGUUCAAAUGGAGUCGGGUUUGCCAGAGCUAGGCCUGGGCAUGCUACACAGGGAAUGAAAGGGUUGCCAGGCACAGGGGAAAACUCCAAAUCACAGCAAGAAAGGGUAUUUUCUGUAUCAAACUGGAGAGCAGCUGAGAGCUGUAAGUGCCAGCAGGGUGAUGCUGCCCACUUGCCCAAGGGGCACAGUGGUGGCUUGGCACUGCUGGGCAUGCUGGGCAUGCUGGUCCCUGUGUUCACCCCUUGUGUUUACCACUGCCCUAAACACAUCUGCCCAGACUCCAGCUGGAGCUUUCCAUUAACUCUAUGUCCAGCACAUAAAAAGGAAAAGCUACAGCUGGUGUGCAUAUGUGGGGCAUGGGCACAGCAGGGUGUGAAGUACCACUUCAGGAUGAGAUGUAUGUAAUAUUUUUAUUAUUUUGUAAGAAAUGUACAGAAAACAUUAUACUGUAUCUUAUUUGCACUUGUAUUUCAAAGCUGAAAUAUAUUCUGUUGAUUUCCUUAAUCACCAUUAAAACCACCAAACU